AUGAUGAACUACGGGUCUGACAUGUUCUCCGCUUCCUCCUACCGGAGGGUUUUCGGGGACUCUCCCCGUUAUUCCUCCUCUCCGUCGCGCGCGCCGGUGAGCAUGUCCUCGCGCGGAGCUUACAGGUCCUCCUCCGCGUCCCGGACCAACGUGUCCUCCCUGGGCUCGUACAGCCGAAAGUCCGGGCGCUCCUUCUCCAUGCCGCUGGAGACCUUCGACCUGACCCAGAGCAGCGUGCUCAACAACGAGUUCAAGAUCAUCCGCACCAACGAGAAGGAGCAGAUGCAGGGCCUCAACGACCGCUUCGCCAUGUUCAUCGACAAAGUGCGCAACUUGGAGCAGCACAACAAAGUGCUGGAGACGGAGCUGAUCGCGCUGCGCCAGCGCCAGGCGGAGCCCUCCAGGCUGGCCGAGCUCUACCAGCAGGAGAUCCGCGAACUGCGCUCUCAGCUCGAAGAGCUGAACGGCGAGAAGUCCCAGCUGAUGAUCGAGAGGGACAACAUCGACGACGAACUGCAGAAGCUCCGGGGGAAGUACGAGGAGGAGUUCCACGCCCGCGAAGAGGCGGAGGCCACCCUCAAGGCGUUCAAGAAAGACGUGGACGACGCCACCAUGGUGCGCCUGGACCUGGAGAAGAAGGUGGAGUCGCUCCUGGACGAGAUCAGCUUCCUCAGGAAGGUGCACGACGAGGAGGUGGCCGAGCUGUCGGACAUGAUCCAGGCCGCUCAGGUGUCCGUCGAGAUGGAGGUGUCCAAACCGGACCUCACCUCCGCCCUCAAAGAGAUCCGAGGCCAGUACGAGUCCAUGGCGUCCAAGAACCUCCAGUCCGCCGAGGAGUGGUACAAGACCAAGUUCGCGGACCUGUCCGACCAGGCCAACCGGAGUAACGAGGCCAUGCGCGCGAGCAGAGAGGAGAUGAACGAGUUCAGGAGGCAGCUGCAGUCCAAGACCAUCGAGAUAGAGAGCCUGAGAGGAACGAACGAGUCUCUGGAAAAGCAACUCCGAGAGAUGGAGGACAGGCACAACGCGGAGAUUGGGACUUACCAGGAAAGCAUGGUAGAGCUGGAAAAUGAGCUGAGGACCACCAAGGGUGAAAUGGCCCGUCAUCUGAGGGAAUAUCAGGAUCUGCUCAAUGUCAAGAUGGCCCUGGACAUUGAAAUUGCAGCGUACAGGAAACUUCUGGAAGGGGAGGAGACCCGCAUUGGAACGGGAAUCACCUUCCCCAGCCCCUCCAUGAGUGGGGGUGGUGGGCAGGGCUACAGCUACCAGACCCGCAUGUACACCAGCUCUGGCAAGGGCUCAAAGAAGGAGGGCAAAGAGGAGGAGCAGCAGCAGAUCAAGUCCGGUGGGAAGGUAAAAACUAAAAGCCUACUGUGA